AUGAGUAAAAAACUGAACUGUGAAACACAAAUGUUAAAUUGCACCAAGGAAGACCUACAACUUAAGCGGAAAAUUUCAGAUGGUAUGGAUAAAUCUGAUGCUGAGCUGUCAGAAACAAUGAAUAAAGUACAUAAAACUAUGGAAUCUAUUGGAGAUAGUAUCAAGCAAGGUUUUACAUUGAUGGCAGACAUCUUAAAGCAAACCCAAGCUCCUGUCACCGACUCCUUCCCUUCUCUAUAUGCUAACUAUCAUUUUCCAGCUUCACAAGCCACUCAAAACUUGCCGAAUAAUUAUUUUGGACAACCCAGACAG